UUAUUUUAGCAAAUAAAACUCAGAAAUGUCUAAAACAACUGAAGAGUUUACUUCUGAAAUGAGAAGUAUCAUUCAAGUAUUCAAAUCAAUAAACGAAGAGUCAGAUUGGUAUGUACAAGGAAUUUGAAGGACCAUUACAAACGAUGAACUCAUAUCAAACAAGAAAGCAAACAGGCUACAACUAAAUUCUGCUUUCACUAGAAUUAAAGAAACACUGUUCAGGAGCCUUUCUCAACAAAAUGGGUACCUCAACAAGCUCUGGGCCCCUUCCAGUCCUUUAAGCCCCUCAAAAUCUGGUCUUCAGACCCUCAGGCCACUCUGGAACUCAGAGCAGCAUAAAGAAGACCCUAAAGCUUCAGAAGACCACUACAGAAAAGUCGAAGUUGAGGGCCUGAAGUCAGACAAUAACUGAACAAGCAGAAAAUCAGAGAAGGGAAAUAGUCAAGGAGUAGGAGAGUUUAAGCAACAUAAGAGACAAGGUGAAGGAAUGAAUGGGAAUGAUGUGGAGAAGGAGGGUUCGAAGAAAAAGAAAAGAUUUCAAAGACCUUUUACAAAAGUGAAGAUUGCUGAUUCCAAGUAUCUUUAUAUAUGUCAAUUAUGUUCUCUUGAUCCAAUAGAGCAUAUUGAUUUAGAUAAAAAAUCUAAUGAAAAAGAGAGGCAGAAAGAAUUUAGUACCAAAAAUUGGGGUCUCUUUAGAUCUCAUUUAGCUCUUCAUAAAAAAAACCAAGUGUUCGAUUGCCCAGUUUGUAAAAUGGUCCUAAAAUAACAAAUUCACUCUCUACUCCCACGUUCGCACCCAUUGGGGCACAACUCCAUCAAACAGGCCUUACCACUGUCCUAUACCAACCUGCGACGUAACCUCCCAUAGAUCUGACUACCUCAACAAACACUACAGGUUCCACCUCACCUCUCUUCCACCCUCCCUUCACCCCAAAACACCUGCAGUAAUCAUGGCUGACUACAACAUCUCCAAACUCACCCAAGACUACAUCACCAAAGUAACCGCCCUCAACAGCCAACAGAUUAAGAAGGCCAGCUACGAGUUUGAUUCUGUCAUGGGAAUGCCCUUGAAGGCCUACCUGAAGAAAGCCAAGAAGAGACUUAGCAAGAAAAUUUGGGCGUUGGGGUGUGAAUUUAAAAGUAAAGAUUGAUUGUGUGGUGUUGGUGAAUUUGAGCUCACAAUCUAACACCUUAAAUUCGUGAUACGCAUUUUGGGUGUUGACAAUGAUACAGCUGGUGGUAAAAGCUGAUUUUUCAGCCCAGAGUGGAGCAGAGACCAUCCAUCUACUCACCCCAGCUACACCAUGAACUCCACUACUAAAUACCUUCCUAAUUUCUCAAUCCAAAAUUAUUCGGAAGAUAUUUACUAUAAUUAACAACCCACAACAUAUCUUCAAUUACAAUCAGCCAAAAUCAACCUUUAAACUCUUUAACAAGACAUCUAAAUCUUCAUAUCCCAAGAGACUAGCACUCAAGAGUUCUAAAUGCUAGUAAUCACCAAUAAC